UAAAACCCAACAUCAGGAAGCCGUACGAAACCCCGCCCAAGUGCUCAGUUCCCUGUCAGGUCGGCUGCAGCAGCAUAUAAAGCGUCGCUGCCUGUAACUCCCACAGUCUGUGAGAAACAGAGAUCUUGUUACCAUGUCCGGACGCGGCAAAGGAGGAAAAGGUUUGGGGAAGGGCGGCGCCAAGCGGCACAGGAAGGUACUGCGGGAUAACAUCCAGGGCAUCACCAAGCCCGCCAUCCGCCGCCUGGCACGGAGAGGGGGAGUCAAGCGCAUCUCUGGCCUCAUCUAUGAGGAGACUCGGGGGGUCCUCAAGGUUUUCCUGGAGAAUGUCAUCCGGGACGCCGUCACCUACACCGAGCACGCCAAGAGGAAGACCGUUACCGCCAUGGAUGUGGUGUACGCUCUCAAGCGCCAGGGCCGCACUCUCUACGGCUUCGGGGGCUGAAUGUCCCACUGCCCUCUCAUUCUCUACCCAAAGGCUCUUCUCAGAGCCCCCCACCCUCUCCCUGAGAGCUGUGAUCUCUUGCCGUCAGGCUUCCGUGAGUCACGGAGUGUUUAUAGGGAAUUAUGUGCGGAACCGUUUAGAGCAGUAAUGUUUCUCCUGCAUUUCUGCGCUAUUUGUGUUUGCGCGCAGAAUUAUAUCCUAUCGGCCGGCGGAUUGUGCCCCAUGAACAAUAAAUCUGCCCCGCCCCCCA